AUGUUUCCGACAGUAGUACUGCUCAUCUUCUGCAGUUUUCUGCAAUCUGCUGCUUUUGAAGGAAAUUAUUGGCCCCACUUUUUUCUCCAAAAACAGAAAGAAUCUCUGCAAAGAAUUUUGAGCAAGGAUUCCUGUUCUACCUGGGGCGGAGGGCAUUUUUCCACCUUUGAUAAAUACCAGUAUGACUUCACUGGCACCUGCAACUAUAUCUUUGCAACUGUAUGUGAUGAAGCCAGCCCCGACUUCAACAUACAGUUCCGCCGUGGGCUGGACAAAAGAAUUGCAAGGAUCAUUAUUGAGCUGGGACCUUCUGUUGUCGUUGUUGAGAAAGGCAGCAUUUUUGUCAGGAGUGUUGGUGUCAUUAAGUUGCCUUACACCAGCAAUGGAAUUCAAAUAGCACCUUAUGGACGCAACAUUCGUCUGGUGGCCAAGCUGAUGGAGAUGGAGCUAGUUGUCAUGUGGAACAAUGAUGACUAUCUCAUGGUUUUGACUGAAAAAAAAUAUAUGGGGAAAACCUGUGGAAUGUGUGGAAAUUAUGAUGGUUAUGAAUUGAAUGAAUUUGUGAGUGAAGGUAAAUUGCUGGAUACAUAUAAAUUUGCUGCAUUACAAAAAAUGGAUGAUCCAUCAGAGAUCUGCCUGUCUGAGGAGAUAUCAAUUUCCCCUCUUCCUCACAAAAAAUACGCCAUGAUCUGCUCUCAGCUACUUAACUUGGUAUCACCAACCUGCAGUGUGCCAAAGGAUGGGUUUGUCAUUCGUUGCCAGCUUGAUAUGCAGGACUGCAGUGAGCCAGGACAAAAGAAUUGCACUUGCCCUACGCUAUCAGAGUAUUCUAGGCAGUGUGCCAUGUCCCAUCAAAUGGUGUUCAACUGGAGAACUGAAAACUUCUGCUCUGUGGGAAAAUGUUCUGCUAACCAAAUCUAUGAGGAAUGUGGUUCUCCAUGUAUUAAAACCUGUUCCAAUCCAGACUACAGCUGUUCCAGUCACUGUACCUAUGGUUGCUUUUGUCCAGAAGGAACAGUUCUUGAUGACAUCUCGAAGAAUCGAACAUGUGUUCACAUUAAGCAGUGUCCAUGUACACUGAAUGGGAAAACAUACGCUCCUGGUGAGACAAUGAAAGCAGCAUGUAGGACCUGUAAAUGUACAAUGGGUCAAUGGAACUGCAAAGACUUGCCCUGCCCUGGAAGGUGUUCACUGGAAGGAGGCUCCUUUGUUACCACAUUUGAUUCUAGAUCAUACAGGUUCCAUGGGGUUUGCACUUACGUUCUUAUGAAGAGUCCCAGCCUGCCACACAAUGGAACCCUAAUGGCUGUAUAUGAAAAGUCUGGUUAUUCUCAUUCUGAGACAUCACUUAGUGCUGUAAUUUAUCUAUCUACAAAGGACAAAAUUGUGAUUUCUCAGAAUGAACUCCUUACUGACGAUGAUGAACUUAAGCGGCUACCUUACAGAUCAGGAGACAUCACUAUUUUCAGACAGUCCUCGAUGUACAUUCAAAUGUAUACAACCUUCGGGCUGGAACUUGUAGUUCAAACGUCACCUGUGUUCCAGGCCUAUGUUAAAGUUGGACCACAAUUCAAAGGCAGAACCCUAGGUUUGUGUGGCAAUUACAAUGGAGACACUACAGAUGACUUCAUGACUAGCAUGGAUAUCACUGAAGGGACGGCCUCCCUGUUUGUAGAUUCCUGGAGGGCAGGAAAUUGCCAUCCUGCUUUAGAGAGAGAUACUGACCCUUGUGCUUUGAGUCAACUGAACAAAAUAUCUGCUGAGACUCAUUGCUCCAUUCUUACCAAGAAGGGUACAGUGUUCGAGAAAUGCCAUGCUGUGGUGAACCCUAUUCCUUUCUACAAGAGAUGUGUCUACCAAGCCUGUAAUUAUGAAGAGACCUUUCCUUAUAUUUGUUCUGCUCUUGGAUCGUAUGCACGAACAUGCAGUUCAAUGGGUUUAAUCCUCGAGAACUGGAGAAACAGUAUGGACAACUGUACUAUUACUUGUACUGGCAAUCAAACAUUCAGCUACAACACUCAGGCAUGUGAGAGGACAUGCUUGUCACUCUCAAACCGAGCCCUGGAAUGUCAUCCAACUGACAUCCCUAUUGAAGGCUGCCACUGUCCUCAAGGAAUGUACUUGAACCACAAGAACGAGUGUGUUCGUAAAUCUUAUUGUCCCUGCUAUUUAGAAGAUAGAAAGUACAUCUUGCCUGACCAGUCAAUAAUAACUGGUGGGAUUACCUGCUACUGCGUUAAUGGAAGGUUAAGUUGCACAGGCAAACCUCAAAAUCCUGCAGAGAGCUGCAAAGCUCCUAAGAAAUAUGUAUCAUGUUCUGACAGUUUAGAAAACAAGUAUGGAGCUGCAUGUGCCCCUACCUGUCAGAUGCUUGCUACUGGAAUUGAAUGUAUACCCACUAAAUGUGAAUCAGGAUGUAUCUGUGCUGAUGGGCUAUAUGAAAAUCUCGAUGGUGGGUGUGUUCCAGCUGAGGAGUGUCCAUGUGAAUAUGGUGGUCUUGCGUACGGAAAAGGUGAACAGAUCCAAACUGAAUGCGAGAUCUGCACUUGCAAAAAAGGCAAAUGGAAAUGUGUUCAGAAAUCAGUGUGUUCCUCAACGUGUAAUCUGUAUGGAGAAGGCCACAUCACCACUUUUGAUGGACAGCGUUUUGUGUUUGAUGGCAACUGUGAAUACAUAUUAGCUAUGGAUGGCUGCAGUGUUAAUAGACCUGUUUCCUCUUUCAAAAUUGUUACUGAGAACGUCAUCUGUGGGAAAUCAGGGGUUACAUGCUCCAGAUCCAUCAGCAUUUACCUUGGGAAUUUGACAUUCAUACUGCGAGAUGAAACCUUCACUAUAUCUGGAGAAAAUCCUGGAGUACUAUAUAAUGUCAAAAAGAACGCCCUUCAUCUGAUGUUUGAUGUCAUUAUCCCAGGAAAAUACAACAUGACCCUUAUCUGGAAUAAGCACAUGAACUUCUUCAUCAAAAUCUCCAGAGAAACACAGGAAACUAUAUGCGGUUUGUGUGGGAACUACAAUGGAAAUAUGAAGGACGAUUUUGAAACUCGAAGCAAGUAUGUCGCGUCAAAUGAAUUGGAAUUUGUCAAUUCUUGGAAAGAGAAUCCUCUCUGUGGGGAUGUAUACUUUGUAGUGGACCCCUGUAGCAAGAACCCUUAUCGUAAAGCAUGGGCAGAAAAGACAUGUUCCAUCAUCAACAGCCAAGUCUUUUCUGCCUGUCACAAUAAGGUGAAUCGUAUGCCCUAUUAUGAGGCCUGUGUUCGAGACUCUUGUGGUUGUGACAUUGGAGGGGACUGUGAAUGCAUGUGUGAUGCCAUUGCAGUAUAUGCCAUGGCAUGCUUAGAUAAAGGUAUCUGCAUUGACUGGAGGACGCCUGAGUUCUGUCCUGUUUAUUGUGAGUAUUACAACUCCCAUAAAAAAAAAGGAAAUGGUGAUGCUUAUUCCUAUGGCUACAACAAUGACAACUGCACCUGGCAUUACAGGCCUUGUAAUUGUCCAAAUCAAAACUACAAAUAUGUCAACAUUGAAGGCUGUUACAACUGCUCUCAUGAUGAAUACUUUGACUAUGAGAAGAAAAGAUGUAUGCCAUGUGGACAUGAAAUCACUCGUACCACACCUGAAACAUCUCCACCUUCAACAGGAACAACAGUGCAGCCUAAAGUAUCAAGAAGCUCUACCACAAGUACCCUACCAACAGUAUCUAGUUUUUCUUCUUCUGCGGCUACUGUAUCGAUUGAGACUACAAAUCCCACAGUAACCUCAAAAAUCACGGUUCCAAUAACUUCACCAACAUCAGCUCUUGGCACAAUAAUGUCAACAACUGAGAGUGAGGAAACCCAAGCAACCACUCUGCACUACCAUGUCCCAGUAGUUGUCACCCACAGAAGACCAACAAAGCCACACCUUGUGCAGUCUCACAUCACGCAGAAGACCACCCCUGCCACAUCCACCAGCAGCACCUCUGUCCCAAGAGAGACCAUCCAUGCCAGCAGCCCAGAAGUCGCACUGACAAAAAUGUCUCCAAGUCCCAGCUCUUUACCUGCCACCUCAGCCUCAUCUGCUUCUUCCCCCUCCUCAACUGUGCCAUCAACAUGGUUGAGACCAUCACAUCCUGCAAGGGAGCCAACAAGAGCUAGGACUCCAACUAGUAAAGUAGUAACAGCCGUCACACACACAAAGAAAACUGUGCCACACAUCAUGCCACCUGUGACCACGCAGAAGACCACCGCCACCACCUCCGCCAGCAGCACCUCCAGGACCUCUGUCUCCACAGAGGCCAUCACCACAAGCAGCACAGAGGUCCCCCACACAAGGACGUCUCCAAGUCCCAGCUCCACGCCUGUUCCCAGCAGCCCACUCAGCACCUGGCUUCCACCUACUGCUACUUCCACAGUCUCCUCCACUGUGACCCCAACCACCAGCCCCAAGCCAACACCUACAACCACCUCCACAGCCAAAACCAGCCCAACUCCUUCACCUGCAUCUUCCCCCUCCUCAGCCAUGUCCUCAACAUGGCUGAUCUCUUCUCAGCCUGCCUUCCCCCACACAGAGACAACCGUGCCACACAUCGUGCCACCCGUGACCACGCAGAAGACCACCGCCACCACCGCUGCCAGCAGCACCUCCAGGACCUCUGUCUCCACAGAGGCCAUCACCACAAGCAGCACAGAGGUCCCCCACACAAGGACGUCUCCAAGUCCCAGCUCCACGCCUGUUCCCAGCAGCCCACUCAGCACCCGGCUUUCACCUACUGCUACCUCCACAGUCUCCUCCACUGUGGCCCCAACCACCAGCCCCAAGCCAACACCUACAACCCUAUGGCUGAAGCCGUCCUCCCUGACAGCAAGUGCUCCAAGAGAGUCACCUGCAACAGAGUCCUCUGUACCCUCCACAGCCAAAACUAGCUCAACUCCUUCACCUGCAUCUUCCCCCUCCUCAACCAUGUCCUCAACAUGGCUGAUCUCUUCUCAGCCCGCCUUCACCCACACAGAGACAACCGUGCCACACAUCGUGCCACCCGUGACCACGCAGAAGACCACCACCACCACCUCUGCCAGCAGCACCUCCAGGACCUCUGUCUCCACAGAGGCCAUCACCACAAGCAGCACAGAGGUCCCCCACACAAGGACGUCUCCAAGUCCCAGCUCCACACCUGUUCCCAGCAGCCCACUCAGCACCUGGCUUCCACCUACUGCUACUUCCACAGUCUCCUCCACUGUGACCCCAACCACCAGCCCCAAGCCAACACCUACAACCCUACGGCUGAGGCAGUCUUCCCCAACGACAAGUGCUCCAAGAGAGUCAGCUGCAACAGAGUCCUCUGUACCCUCCACAGCCAAAACCAGCCCAACUCCUUCACCUGCAUCUUCCCCCUCCUCAGCCAUGUCCUCAACAUGGCUGAUCUCUUCUCACCCUGCAGCCUUCCCCCACACAGAGACAACCGUGCCACACAUCGUGCCACCCGUGACCACGCAGAAGACCACCGCCACCACCGCUGCCAGCAGCACCUCCAGGACCUCUGUCUCCACAGAGGCCAUCACCACAAGCAGCACAGAGGUCCCCCACACAAGGACGUCUCCAAGUCCCAGCUCCACGCCUGUUCCCAGCAGCCCACUCAGCACCCGGCUUUCACCUACUGCUACCUCCACAGUCUCCUCCACUGUGGCCCCAACCACCAGCCCCAAGCCAACACCUACAACCCUAUGGCUGAAGCCGUCCUCCCUGACAGCAAGUGCUCCAAGAGAGUCACCUGCAACAGAGUCCUCUGUACCCUCCACAGCCAAAACUAGCUCAACUCCUUCACCUGCAUCUUCCCCCUCCUCAACCAUUUCCUCAACAUGGCUGAUCUCUUCUCAGCCCGCCUUCACCCACACAGAGACAACCGUGCCACACAUCGUGCCACCCGUGACCACGCAGAAGACCACCACCACCACCUCUGCCAGCAGCACCUCCAGGACCUCUGUCUCCACAGAGGCCAUCACCACAAGCAGCACAGAGGUCCCCCACACAAGGACGUCUCCAAGUCCCAGCUCCACGCCUGUUCCCAGCAGCCCACUCAGCACCUGGCUUCCACCUACUGCUACUUCCACAGUCUCCUCCACUGUGACCCCAACCACCAGCCCCAAGCCAACACCUACAACCCUACGGCUGAGGCAGUCUUCCCCAACGACAAGUGCUCCAAGAGAGUCAGCUGCAACAGAGUCCUCUGUACCCUCCACAGCCAAAACCAGCCCAACUCCUUCACCUGCAUCUUCCCCCUCCUCAGCCAUGUCCUCAACAUGGCUGAUCUCUUCUCAGCCUGGUAAGGCCUUCCCCCACACAGAGACAACCGUGCCACACAUCGUGCCACCCGUGACCACGCAGAAGACCACCGCCACCACCUCUGCCAGCAGCACCUCCAGGACCUCUGUCUCCACAGAGGCCAUCACCACAAGCAGCACAGAGGUCCCCCACACAAGGAUGCCUCCAAGUCCCAGUUCCAUGCCUGUCCCCAGCAGCCCGCUCAGCACCCAGCUUCCACCUACUGCUACUUCCACAGUCUCCUCCACCUCAGCCCCAACCACCAGCCCCAUGCCAACACUUACAACCCUCACUACUUCCACCUUUAGGUCUGCUGAGAGCACUACCUAUUUUUCCUCCCCAAACACCACAUUUACUCCACAUGGCAAGACAUCUUCAUUAAUAGUUCCUACCAGCAUCUCUGCCACAUCCACUCCAGUUUUGAUCCCAACCAUUUUGUCUACGACAAUUUCUUUUGCUCCCAGUGUUGUUACUACUGCUUCUACAGAGUCAGUAGAAAGGACUUCUCUGCACACAACAACACUAACCACUACCCGCACUACAUCACCUCCUUUCACCACUAGACUGUCAACAUCGUUGUCUUCUGCUGUCCCAUUAACAGUGCCACAAGAGCGCUGUAGAGAAAUCGAGUAUGAAGAAAAAAUAACUUACAAAGGCUGUUCUACAAAUGUCACUUUAAGCCGCUGUGAAGGAUCAUGUCCAUCCUCAACAAAGUUGAAUGUUGAGGAGAUGGUCAUCAACACAGCAUGUGGCUGCUGUAGGCCACUUGAGCUUCUUAAGAAGGAACUUCAGCUGCCAUGCCAAGACCCAGAUAACCCUGGAGAAAGGCUCAUGAGAGAAAUAAUUGUAUUUAGUGGCUGUGUUUGUGACUUUGACAGUUGCAUACACUAGCCAGAGCUCCAGCUGGCCUCAGACAUCUCUUUUGGUUGGUU